AUGGACGGUGGCGGCAGCGGCGAUGAAAACCUGGACGCGUCUCCUUCCUCCCCUGAUGCCUGCGAUGGAUCCCGCUCUGCCCGGACCAUGACCAAAGGGCUCUCCAUCUUCCUUGAUAUACUGAGAAGAGCAGACAAGAAUGAUGAUGGCAAAUUGUCCUUUGAUGAAUUCAAAGCUUACUUUGCUGAUGGAAUCCUGAGCAGAGAAGAGCUGCAUGAGCUGUUCCACACAAUUGAUACGCACAACACAGACAACCUUGACACUGAAGAACUGUUUGAAUAUUUUUCCCAGCACCUGGGAGAAUAUGAAAAUGUGCUGUCUGCUUUGGAAGACCUCAACGUAUCCAUACUGAAGGCAAUGGACACCACAAAGAAAAAUUAUCAAGAGGUUUCUAAGUUGGAACAGUUUGUGACUCGCUUUUUGCUGAAAGAAACCCUGAAUCAGCUACAGUCUCUCCAUAACUCCUUGGAAUGUGCCAUGGAAACCACAGAGGAACAAACCCUUCAAGAAAAACAAGGGCCAGCAAAGCCAGAGGUGCUGAAAAUUCAGCAGCCAGGAAGACGUUCAAGUCGAAGACUCCAGAGGAAUAACAGUUUUUCUCCUGCCAGCCCUCUUCUUAAUCCAGGUUGGCUGGAGGAGGACAACCAAUGGAUGACCCAAAUAAAUAGACUGCAGAAGCUGAUUGACAGACUGGAGCAGAAGGAUCUAAAGCUUGAGCCACUAGAAGAAGAAAUAUCAGAAGGAAACACUAAAUCUCACAUAAUGAUAGUUCAGCGGCAAAUGUUGGUAAUAGCUGAAGAACUAGAGCAGUUCCGAUUUGCUCUGAAGCAGUAUGUAGACACGGCCUCUUCUCAGGAUGGAUGUCUGCAUGUUUCCAUUCAGAGGAUUUCAAGAGAAUCCCGUUUCAUUAUUUAUGAAUUUUGGGAGAACAAUGCUUGGAACAGUCACCUGCAGACGAACUACAGCAAGACAUUCCAAAGAAGUAAUGUGGAUUGCCUGGAAACUCCAGAACACAUUACAACUAUGCUAGUGCCUGCUUCCUGGUGGGCCCUGAACAACAACUAGAAGUUUUAUUAUAUUAUAAUAAGCUCUACAUUCUAAAACAGCACUCAUAAAAUCAUCAUAAAGCCUCUUAACUUUAACAGAUGACCAUGAAUGGAAGCUUUUAUUUAAAAACACAGCCAAGUUCUUGUUACUGCUACUUUAGAGAGUGCUGUGAACUGUUCUAAAUUUGUUUUAUAGGGAUGUUUUUGGCUUUAUGUUGUAUGUGCUUUUAUCAUGUGUGUUUAUUUAUAACUGUUUGAGAAAUCAUUUUUGGAUAUA